AUGAGAUCCCAUACCCACACGCAGUCUCUGCACAAGAGCCUAGGCACCAGACAGAGCUACAGUGGCAGCCCCAUCGGCCAGCGGUGGCCGAGCAGCAGGCCCAGACCAGCGCCCACAGUCCCUGCCUCGCCCGAGGCCCGAUCUCGGGAGGCCGUCAGCUGCGCAGCAUUAGGAUCUGAUGGGGAUGCGUCGUCAGAGGCUCAGAGCAGGCAGGGCGAGCCCAGCAACAGCGGCAGCAGCUACCCAUUUCAGGGCAGGCGAGAGCCGGAAGCAGAGCCCCAGGGCGAGCCAGUCCUGGUCAGAGUGCGGCUGAGCGUGCACUACAGGGUGCACAGCCGACAGAUGCUGUGCAUCGGCGGAUCGCGGAUCCCUUUUGGGUGGUCCUUCCUGUCCAUAGCCAAAGUUCCAAUGGUGUGGACAGAGGGUGAUCUUUGGACGACAGAGGUCGAGCUGCCAGCAAACAGCAAAAUGGAGUACAAGUACGUUAUUUUGGAAGAACAGGACUGGACGAAGCAGGAGAGCGAGGAUGCAGAGGGGGUUGUCACGUUCUCAUACAGGACACAGCCAGACAACCCCCCAGACGUGCAGACCAUCCAGAAGCAGAUGGCCAUUGUUGCCUGGCAGCCGGGCCCCAACAGGGUCGUGCAGGUCCCCUCUCAGGAAGAGUUGAGGUCAUUGAAGGAGGGUGAGGUGCGCGAGAGGACGCCGGCGCGGCCGCCGCAGCGCAGCUUUGGGCCGCGCAGGUUUGGGCAGGCGCUGUUUGGGCAGCGGGCAGGCGGCAGGGACGGCCCACUGCUGCCCUCCAUCCCCCCGCGCUCCUAUGGGAAGUUUCCACCCAUGCCCUCUGGGCCCCCCGGAUCCCCUGGAGGCGCCGGGUCCGUCUUGCAGCAGGGUGCGAACAGGAGGGAGGGGCCGUUCCCUCCGGACGAUGAGCUGGCGGGCACAUGGGAGGCCCUGUCGCUAGAUGAGGGCGGGCAGGCCAUACUGGAGCGGCGCGACGUGUGGGGCUUCCCAGACGCGCCUGAUCUGGACCCCCCUCGAAACCGGGGGAUCCGCUUCGGCUAG